AUGAGGCGAGAGCGACGUUUUUCGAGGUACUUCGACGAGGAGUCGAGGUGGCGACGUUCGGGAAAGAUCUGUGUCGCGCGUAUUGAGUGCAGGAAGUCCACCGAGUUCGGCGCAUCAUUGCAAACAUUGGUUCGCCCAUUCCUCCACUUUACUCCUGAUACUGCGCAAGGCCUUACGACAGUCGGCGUGGCACCAGCGAUCCAGGUUAACACCGCCGACAACUCGGACGAAUCUGCCGCGGUAAUCGCACACAGGAUCCAUGAACUUCCCGUAUCACAUAUUUCGUCACUCAUUUCCAAGCAAUUAUUGUUCGCGUUUUAUUCCUAG